UGGGAGCGGGCGCGGGAACCGGCGGGGGGGGCGGAGCCGUAGUCCCGGCGGCGGAAGGAGGAGAGGAAGAAAGGGGCGAGACCCGGUGCCCAGCGGAGGCGCAAGGCUCUUGCUCAGCGCGCGGGCGUCUCUGGCCAGGCGCGCGGCUUUCGGGCGGUCGGCGUCGGCGUCGAGCCCUCUCUGGGGCCGCCGCCGCUGCUGCUGCUGCUGCUGCCGCCGCCGCCGCCGCCGCCGCUGCCGCUGCCGUGGGGCUCGGGCGGCGACGGAGCGGGGCCGGCCGUGGGGCGGGCGGGGAGGGAGGAGGCGGUGAAGGCGGCGGGCCGGGGGGGAAGAUGCCGCUGGCGCAGCUGGCGGACCCGUGGCAGAAGAUGGCUGUGGAGAGCCCGUCCGACAGCGCUGAGAAUGGACAGCAAAUUAUGGAUGAACCUAUGGGAGAGGAGGAGAUUAACCCACAAACUGAAGAAGUCAGUAUCAAAGAAAUUGCAAUCACACAUCAUGUAAAGGAAGGACAUGAAAAGGCAGAUCCUUCCCAGUUUGAACUUUUAAAAGUAUUGGGGCAGGGAUCAUUUGGAAAGGUUUUCUUAGUUAAAAAAAUCUCAGGCUCUGAUGCUAGGCAGCUUUAUGCCAUGAAGGUAUUGAAGAAGGCCACACUGAAAGUUCGAGACCGAGUUCGGACAAAAAUGGAACGUGAUAUCUUGGUAGAGGUUAAUCAUCCUUUUAUUGUCAAGUUGCAUUAUGCUUUUCAAACUGAAGGGAAGUUGUAUCUUAUUUUGGAUUUUCUCAGGGGAGGAGAUUUGUUUACACGCUUAUCCAAAGAGGUGAUGUUCACAGAAGAAGAUGUCAAAUUCUACUUGGCUGAACUUGCACUUGCUUUAGACCAUCUACAUAGCCUGGGAAUAAUUUAUAGAGACUUAAAACCAGAAAACAUACUUCUUGAUGAAGAAGGUCACAUCAAGUUAACAGAUUUCGGCCUAAGUAAAGAGUCUAUUGACCAUGAAAAGAAGGCAUAUUCUUUUUGUGGAACUGUGGAGUAUAUGGCUCCAGAAGUAGUUAAUCGUCGAGGUCAUACUCAGAGUGCUGACUGGUGGUCUUUUGGUGUGUUAAUGUUUGAAAUGCUUACUGGUACACUACCUUUCCAAGGAAAAGAUCGAAAAGAAACAAUGACUAUGAUUCUUAAAGCCAAACUUGGAAUGCCACAGUUUUUGAGUCCUGAAGCCCAGAGUCUUUUACGAAUGCUUUUCAAGCGAAAUCCUGCAAACAGAUUAGGUGCAGGACCAGAUGGAGUUGAAGAAAUUAAAAGACAUUCAUUUUUCUCAACAAUAGACUGGAAUAAACUGUAUAGAAGAGAAAUUCAUCCACCAUUUAAACCUGCAACGGGCAGGCCUGAAGAUACAUUCUAUUUUGAUCCUGAGUUUACUGCAAAAACUCCCAAAGAUUCACCUGGCAUUCCACCUAGUGCUAAUGCACAUCAGCUUUUUCGGGGGUUUAGUUUUGUUGCUAUUACCUCAGAUGAUGAAAGCCAAGCUAUGCAGACAGUUGGUGUACAUUCAAUUGUUCAGCAGUUACACAGGAACAGUAUUCAGUUUACUGAUGGAUAUGAAGUAAAAGAAGAUAUUGGAGUUGGCUCCUACUCUGUUUGCAAGAGAUGUAUACAUAAAGCUACAAACAUGGAGUUUGCAGUGAAGAUUAUUGAUAAAAGCAAGAGAGACCCAACAGAAGAAAUUGAAAUUCUUCUUCGUUAUGGACAGCAUCCAAACAUUAUCACUCUAAAGGAUGUAUAUGAUGAUGGAAAAUAUGUGUAUGUAGUAACAGAACUUAUGAAAGGAGGUGAAUUGCUGGAUAAAAUUCUUAGACAAAAAUUUUUCUCUGAACGAGAGGCCAGUGCUGUCCUGUUCACUAUAACCAAAACUGUUGAAUAUCUUCACGCACAAGGGGUGGUUCAUAGAGACUUGAAACCUAGCAACAUUCUUUAUGUGGAUGAAUCUGGUAAUCCGGAAUCUAUUCGAAUUUGUGAUUUUGGCUUUGCAAAACAGCUGAGAGCGGAAAAUGGUCUUCUCAUGACUCCUUGUUAUACUGCAAAUUUUGUUGCACCAGAGGUUUUAAAACGACAAGGCUAUGAUGCUGCUUGUGAUAUAUGGAGUCUUGGUGUCCUACUCUAUACAAUGCUUACCGGUUACACUCCAUUUGCAAAUGGUCCUGAUGAUACACCAGAGGAAAUAUUGGCACGAAUAGGUAGCGGAAAAUUCUCACUCAGUGGUGGUUACUGGAAUUCUGUUUCAGACACAGCAAAGGACCUGGUGUCAAAGAUGCUUCAUGUAGACCCUCAUCAGAGACUGACUGCUGCUCUUGUGCUCAGACAUCCUUGGAUCGUCCACUGGGACCAACUGCCGCAAUACCAACUAAACAGACAGGAUGCACCACAUCUAGUAAAGGGUGCCAUGGCAGCUACAUACUCUGCUUUGAACCGUAAUCAGUCACCAGUUUUGGAACCAGUAGGCCGCUCUACUCUUGCUCAGCGGAGAGGUAUUAAAAAAAUCACCUCAACAGCCCUAUGAAGUGACCUCAGUGAGAUAUUUGGUACCAUGGUGUAAGCUGAUAGCACAAGUUCUGGCGACAGGUAGCACAUAUCUGAGAGACACCUGCAAGCACACACUGUCCCAGCUGGUACCCAUCAUGCUGCUGUUCCUGCUGCUGCUCCUGCUUUCGUCUCUUCUCGCUUUAAAUGAUUGUUAGCAAGUUAGAUUUUCCUGGAGCUUCAGAAGAAAUGAAAAUGGAAACAUGAUGAAGAUAUAGUCACUGAAUCAAUGAGAAAAAUAAUGAACAUAUGAAUACCACCUAAAAAUACACUGAAUAAAGUACACCAUAUAGCAUUAUUUUUAUAGGAAAUAUUUCAUGUCCCUUAAAUAUUCUUUGUUAGUUAUAGGGAUGGACAGUUUAUGUUAAGCACUUAGCUUAAACAAUCCGUUUAUAUUAGCACUGUAUCCCUUGUGCCAUCCAACAUUUUGUAUGUUUUUGUAAACAGUUCAUAUACAGUACAUUUCUGUACUGCUUUCUUUAAUGUAUACAUGCCUUGUUUAACUUGGAAUCUAUUAUUAUUAAUCAAUUGACUAUUAAAUCUGGUUAAAUAGUUCACCUGGAUUAACAGUAUUGUUGGACAGCCCUAAAAAUGGCCAGAUUGUGGAACAGCUGUUGAAUGUAAUACUUCCAAAAUGUACAUAUCUUUCCCCA